GUAAAACUUGUGGCGGUUUGAGCUGCAGGGGGCCACCUUGAGCUCAGUGAGAGGAAAAGUCACUUCAAACCAACGAAGAAGAAAACAUCAACAGGAAGCAGUUAGAGGGGCUGCAGUUGGUGGUAAGGGUUAACAUUCAUUUUUAGUGGAUUUCUAACAUAUCUAGUGCACGUAAUUCACAUUAUAUGCAUUUACAGUUGUUUGGACCAGACAGACAUCAGUCAAUAAGCAGAAAGUCGACACAUUUAAGUGAACAUGUACAGUAAUACCAGCGUCCUCAGUAGUUAUCACAGGAUUCUGCCAUGAAGAAGGAAAGUUCAUCUCUAUCACAUUAAUUUUAUUAGAUUUUUAAAUGUUUUUCAGAUUAAUUAUUUAUUUUGAAGGGGGAAAGUAAACUAUUGUAAACACUAACACAAUUGUCAUACAGUACAGGCCAAAAGUUUGGACACACCUUCUCAUUCAAUGACUUUUCUUUAUUUUUUUUUAUGACUAUUUACAUUGUAGAUUAUCACUGAAGGCAUCAAAACUAUGAAUGAACACAUGUGGAAUUUGGUACUUUUAAAAAAGGGUGAAAUAACUGAAAACAUGUUUUAUAUUCUAGUUUCUUUAAAAUAGCCACCCUUUGCUCUUGAUGACAGAAGUCACAACAGUAAAAACAUUUCAGGAGACUACCUCAUGAAGCUCAUUGAGAGAACAGCAAAAGUUUGCAGCGCUAUCAAAAAAGCAAAGGGUGGCUAAUCAGAAUGAUCAUCAUUUUGAUAGAGUCCAAAGCCAUCUGUUGAAAAUGUUAUGAAAUAUUCCUUAAACGCUCAGGAAACAAUGCAAAUCACAUUCAAAGUCGUGUGUGUGUGUGUGUUCGUGGGUAUGCAUGCAUGCAUGUGUGUGUGCAUGUGUGUAAAUGUGAACAAGCACUUUGGGGGUUGGUAUUAACAGAAUUAAUUUUACCCUCACAUUGAUAACUACAUGACAAAAAUCCAAGCGUGUCUAAAUAAUAGGAGAUAAAACGGUCAUAAUUCGAUCCCAAAAUCUGUAUUUUAGGCAGGAACUAUUGAGACAGUAUAAUCCUCUUAGUUCAUCCUGAUACAGGUUUGAACAACCGAGUAAUCUGAUUGACUGUUUUACUGCUGAAUUAUUAUAAAUGCAUCCUCUCUGACAUGUCAUUAUUAUCAAAGUAAAAGAAAAGGCUUAUUUAAACUGUGUAAAGCUUCAUUUGCAGCGACCUAAGCUGAUUUUAGAGUGCCAGAGGAAACGUAAAUCCAAAUCAGAGCAAGCUUUGCAGUGAACUACGCCAUCACCCCUCUCAGCACUUUGUUGCAGGUUUCCAUCAUGGCAUGCAGAAAAGCUGUGAAGGCUGUGCUCAUCGACCUGAGUGGAACUCUUCAUAUUGAAGACACAGCAGUGCCAGGGGCGCAGGAUGCACUACAGAGGUAGAAAAACAGCUCAUGUUCAGACCUUAGACCAACAUCGAGGCAGAUGAAGACACAAAUGCCCCUGUCAUUUAAAUUAUUACUUUUAAAAUGAGCUGAACUUCUAUGUCUCCUGAUAUUUGGUGUAUCCUUUCUUGUCUGGGUGAAGCUCAGUUAUGUUUUUUAAUAAUACAUUGUUCAAAUCAGCAGAAUACAAAGUAGGGAAAGUUAACAGUCCCCAAAGCAGGUACAGGCCAGAAAAUUUGAGCAGUUGGACAUAUAGUGUAAUAUUGCAAGUAUAAUGAAAUAUAAUACCAUGUACACCAUAAAUCAAUCACUGCUUUACUGUUUUUAAUGGUGUGAUAAUUUGCUUUGGUUUCAGGUUACGGAAGGCUGCAGUAGCUGUAAAGUUUGUGACCAAUACAACAAAAGAAAGUAAGAAGAACUUACUGAAUCGACUGCAACGUCUCAACUUCAAUGUUCAGGUAGAAAAAAACAAAAACAGUAUAUUUGAUACAGUGCAAUUGUAAUGUCAAAGACCCAGGAGAUGAACUGCAUAAUAAGGAAAAAGUUUGCAACCUAAUGGGUUCACUUUAAGAGUGAGGGAAAUUUGGUCAAACUCCUGUCAGAAAAAAAACUGUUGAAGGAUCACCCCAUAUGAUUUGAUAAAUUCAUCUUAACACAGUAAAGGAUCUGUAUUUGCUUUGACUUCUGGAGUGCACUAGUUUAAUGUUACUUGAAUCUCACUCUGCAGGAACAAGAGAUCUUCACUUCACUCAGCGCAGCAAGGAGUCUGCUAGUACAAAAACAACACAGACCACUUCUGCUGGUGGAGGACAGUGCGCUGGAAGACUUCAGUGGUGAGGAGCUGUGGGUGUUUGUGUCUACUUGAGACUGAUGAUAGCGUUGUUUUUGCUCACUGCUGUUAGAAUUCAGUCACAUGUCGUUCCUUAUGGCACAGCUUUUAAAUUAACUAUUCGUAUAAUGUCGCAUUGGUAACAAAUGACAUACACUCUCCUCAAAGUAUGCUGAAGACCAACAAAGUGAUGGACCCAGAAGGUCUGCUUUGGGGCAGCUGGGGUUUUGCUCUCCAUUUCUAGGCUGCUUACAUAACAUGAUGUUACAACUUAGCUGACUCUUUGUAGACGACAUAUUCCUCCUUUUUCAUUCUACAUGUUUUAUUUGUACUCUUAUUUUAUGAGGCAAUCAGGUCUCUUGAUCUUAUAUAGGUGCAGCUCAAACACAAGGUCCUGAAAAAGUACAUUUUUCCCCCAAUUUAAUUUAAAAAGUGAAACUUCAAAGACCUGCUCUUUUGUAACACUUUAUAGAACUGGUGCCGUGUGAUUAAUUGUUUGAUUAUUUGAUUGGCUAAAAGAAAGGUAGAUACAUAUGCCAUGUCUCUUCAUCUCAAGGUAUUGACACUUCAGAGCCAAAUGCUGUUGUUGUUGGACUGGCUCCUGAUCACUUCAACUACCAAACCCUAAACAAGGCCUUCAGGUAAAGAGUCUCGGUCAUAUUAUUUAGUAAAUUACAGAUCCUUUAAAGUCUUUAUUAGCAGUUGACAUGAUGUUUAUUUUUAAGGGUAGCUUGAAAUCACCUGUGAACCGAAGUUGUACCCUCUGUUGCAGUCUGUUAGACCUCUUGUUUGGCGUGUCUGUUCCCUAGAAUGAUACUGAGUGGAGCUCCUCUUAUUGCCAUCCACAAGGCUCGGUACUACAAGCGUACGGAUGGUUUGGCCCUUGGUCCUGGGCCCUUCGUAACGGGACUUGAAUAUGCCACAGACUGUAAAGCUACCGUUGUAGGAAAGCCAGAAAGUACUUUUUUCACACAGGUGAAAAUUUUGUUUUAUAAUGUUUCAAAUUUCAAAUGAGACACUUAAGAGUAGAUAAACACAUGGUGACAAACUGUACAGUCCACUUUUAGAGACAUUUUUGUGUCUCCUUUUUCCUGUGUCAUUUUUGUGGCGUUGUUUAAAGAAGUUUAAAGGUCACGAACGUUAAUUUACAUCAAAAUGAGACCUCUAUCUUUCAACAGGCUCUGUCAGAUGUCGGAUGUGGACCAGAUGAAGCUGUCAUGAUAGGGGAUGUAAGUAUAAAUUGUGCAAAAUGCUCCAUUAUCAGAAAGUGUUUUUUGAGCACAUACUGAUUUAAAAUGAGUAAUUAAUGAUAAUCCCAGUUUUUACACAUUCACAUUUUAAUAAAGUAUGAACAAAUAUAAAAAUUAUUAGUUGCCUUGAGGCUGUCUGUAUUUUUCCAUAGGAUGCAAGAGAUGAUGUGGGUGGAGCCCAGAAUGUAGGCAUGUUGGGAAUUCUGGUGAGAACAGGUAGGAUAGAAAUUUCCUCCAGUUUACUUUUGUCUCUUCAGCAUUCACACAUCCGUCAGACUCCUACUUUUGCACAGCCAUCAAAUAAUGUGAUUUGACUCCAUCUCAUCCCUCAAUCUUUUUUUUUUUUUUUAUAACAUGUUUCUCUCUUCACUUUGGUCUUAACAGGAUUAGCUACAGUUAAAACUAGUCCUGGUUUAAUUCUUGUUCUUUCAUAACUAUGCCUUCCUUACUUGUGUCAUCUCUUAGGUAAAUACAGAGAAGGAGAUGAGAACAAAAUCAACCCUCCUCCCCACCUAACAUGCAACAGUUUUCCAGAUGCAGUCGAACACAUCUUGAUGAACCUCCUAUAAUAACUGUUGGGAAAAGCCCAAAAUGUCAUGUAGCUGUCAUGUAAAUAAAUAAAUGUAUUCAAACUGUCCAUGUGAAUGUGACUCCACUAAAGAACAACAGAAAUGAAAUAAAGAAUGUAUUACAAGAAACUGCC